GGUGGCAGGAUCCCAGGCCGUCACCCCCCGGCGAUGGGCUCGGCUGCCAGCGGCGCACCUCUCAGCGGUGGGGCACGACUACUCGCGCUUGGCGCCGCACGGCGGGUGCCCAAUGGCUGGUGGCGCGGCUCCCGCGACUGGGCCAUUUGUCGGUUGUUGUGCAGCUCCUCGUUGUCUGGACUUGUCUGCUGGUGAUGCACCUCUUUUGAGCCUUGGAGGUUGGUUUCCUGGUGAAAACCAUGUCCGGUGCUCUGAACUGGCAAUGAUGGCGUCUGGUUCGUCAUGUCCCUCUUGGGGGCGUCGCUAUGAGACACCUCCAGGCCUCCCCUGCUGCCCACCCUCCCCACCGUCAGCCCGACUCGGUGUCGGUUGUCCUCCGCAUCUCCGCCACCACUUACAGAUCUACCUCCGUCUGUUGCCGCCCUUAUGCGCUGGCUCUCGGCGGUCCCAAGCACGGAGGAUGGAUCCUUGGUGAAAACCUUGUCCAGUACUUCGGACUGGCGACGAUGGUGCUGGCGCUUGGUGUGUCAUGUCCCUCUUGAGGGCAUUGUCUUGGGACGUCUCCAUGUCUCCACUGCUGGCGGCCUGGUGCCCCUGUGACUUGUCGGGGUGGACGUCUUCGUGGCCUACUUGGAGCGUUGUCCUGGAAGUUCUUCGAUAGGAUGGCAUCAGAUGGAUUGGAAAUUGAGUUUCUAAGAAAACGAGAUGUGAUGAUUGGGUGCUAUGUAGAGAUGGCAAGGAGGAAACAUGGACGAAUAGAAGGAUAGAAGCUUAGCCUUCUUGAUUUCUUUUUUUGUUUUAGAUUUUUCCUUCUUGUGUUUUAGAUCCUCAUUUGAGGUUUAGAAUCUAGGAAUUCUUGUAAAGAUUGUUGUAGACAUUCACGUAUGAAUGUUCAAGGAUGGGAUUUUUCCUUUAUCUAAUAAAAUCUACAUAGCCGAUCCAAAGGCCCCCGCGCUCCUCCUAAUCGCGGAUCGGGAGCCCUAGAUCUCAUGAAGCUUCUGCAACACCAGGAUCGUGUGCGGCGACAGCGGCCCUUGGCAGCGACCACAUGAUCAGUGGUGAAGCUAGAGACAAUUGAAUAGGUGCACUUACUUUGUGGGUGCAUGAAGUUGAGCUAUGGAGAUGCAUAUAUGGUGAAAAAAAUAAAUGUAAUCAUUAUUUUGUAAAUUUAGGUGCGCACCCCUAACUAUAACCUACCUUUGCCCUUGAAUAUGACCGACGUCUACGACUCCAAGAGCAGGGCGUGGAAGAUGAGGUUGCUGCCGCCGAAACCCUCUAUUAUAAGUUAGAAUCGAGAACUAUUGCUGAAGUUGAAGCAAAUUUGAAAAGUCCUAAAAAGUAGAGACAACCUCCAUUUAGCAUUUAGAGGAUCUGAUUUAGGGGGUGCUAUUGUUGGAGUUGCUCUUACGAGAUGUUUUGAUGCAAGUGGUAAUGCUCAAAGUGUUAAAGUUUAGGACUAACUCAUUCAAACAGGAGUGCUAAUGCGGUUGGCUAAACAUUAGCAAAGACUUAAAAACUCUAGUAAAUACUCCCUCUGUCCAGGUUUGAUUUACGUUUAAGAACCGGACGCAGAGACCAAGGAACCAUCAAUUGUGGCCAGGUUACCGCUUCGUAACCUCCUCACGCGGCCACGGGAAAUAAUUGCGCUCCCCUCCCGUUAAUGGCGCCGUUUCUCCCUCCCUUCCAAUCCCGCGCGCGCCGUUUCCGCCUAACUGUCGAUCUCCUGCAUGCGCGCCGUUUCCGCCUGGGCGUUGAUCUUCUCCGCGCGCACCGUCUCUCUGCCUUCCUUCCAAUUUUGCCCGCCAUCUCCUCCGCACAUCGAUCUCCUCCGUGCACGCACUGUUUCUUUCCCAGGCUUCCAAUUCCGCCCGCCAUCUACGUCUGCCUCUCCAAAAUCCACCCGCCAUCUCCCUUCUGAAAAUUCUCGCGCCCAGACGGAAGAAAACCUCGGCACCGCUUCCAAAUUCUCUACUGAGAUAAAAAUCAAAUUUCCAUGGACGCCAAAUCGUUCAUCGAGGUUGAAAUUUUCGGACUCCCGCCUCCUUUCAUCCCUUCUCUGAUCCCUGCCCUAUUUAUACCCUGCUCUAGCCCCCAAGCUCAUCAGUUGUUGGAUCAUCAUCAGCUUCCUCCAAUCCAUGGCCUCAGCAGGCCUCGACCUGAACCAAGAUCCACCACAUGAUGAAUCGGAUGUAAACCUAGAGCCCGCCUCCUUGCAUCCGUCCUCUGAUCCCGGCGUCAUCAAUUGGGAUGGCAUUCAGGAGUGGGAUGGCCCUGCCCAUGAGCUCGACUACGACUUUGUGUGGCAUGGCAAUGGAGAUGACGAUGGAGAUGAACAAGGAGAGGGGACUGAAGUAGGACAUGGUGAUCCUGCCAAUGCAAAUGAGCCAGAUGAGAGCUCAGAUUAUGAAGGAGAUUGGCAUUAUGUACCUAUAGCUCCGGCACAUGGUGGAGGAGGCUCACGUAAUGCAAGAAACCAGGAUGUACCUAUAGCUCCAGCACAUGAUGGAGGAGGUGCUAAUGGUGGAGGAAAUCAGGGUUCUAAUGGUAAAAAACGGAGGUUCUAUCGCCAUCUAUCUUGAGUUGUUAGCGAAGACAGAUCCUCCUGUGCUGGCAUAAACGGUGUUAUAAGUAAACUUGUUAACAAUUGUGGUCGUAAAAGGAUAGAAAUCGAUCCAGAAGCUAUAAAAAAUGUGCCUUUGAGGGAGCGCACUACUGUCCGUGAUCUUGCACAUGCAUUGGGUGUGAAGAAGAGCACACUUCAUAACCGUUUUAGGGAAGGUUAUUUCCGUCGGGAC